CUGGAAGCUCCAGCUGCAAGUCAACAAGACUCUCACACAACUCAGCUGAUCUGCACAACUUGACCAGGUUGGAGAAAUGGCUUCAGACAUGACAGUUGCUUCUCUGGGUCGACCCUUUCGCCUAGGAAUGCUCUAUGAUGCUCGCAAAGAUGCACUGAUCCCAGGUAUGACAUUGUGGGAUGAGAAAACUCUACAAGAGAACACAGUUGAAAAUUCCAACCAAAGCAGUGCAUUUAAUAUUUCUGCAUCUGACUCCAUUCACAACAAGUCCUCUCUGCUGGAUGUUAGCGCUUCUCUGAAGCUCAGUUUCUGCAGUGGACUGAUUAAAGUCGGAGGAUCUGCCAAGUAUCUGAAUGAUGAGAAGAAAUUCAAGAAUCAGAGCAGAGUGACGUGUCAGUACAAAGCCACCACCAACUUCAAAGAGUUGUCAUUGAUUAACAUCAUAACCAUGAACACCAGACAGAUAGAUGUCAUUAAGAAGAGCGGUGCAACACAUGUGGUCACCGGGAUCCAGUACGGGGCAAAUGCUUUCUUUGUGUUUGACAGUGAGAAGUUAGAAGCCAGCAAGGUUCAGAGCGUCCAGGGCAACAUGCAGGCUGUGAUAAAGAAAAUCCCCACAUUUAGUAUUGAGGGAAAAGCUGAAAUAAAGCUGAGUGAUGAAGAAAAAGACCUGACCAACAAAUUCUCCUGCAAAUUCUUCGGAGACUUCAUUCUUAAAAGCAACCCUGCGACAUUCGAAGACGCGGUGAAGGUGUACGUUCAACUUCCACAGCUACUGGGAGAAAAAGGAGAGAAUGCUGUUCCACUGAUGGUCUGGCUGAUGCCACUGACGAAUCUGGACACUGAAGCUGCUGAGUUGUCAAGAGAGAUCAGCAACGCAUUAGUAGGGAGGGUGCAGGAUGCUCUGGAAGAUUUAAGCAAAACAGGAAUCAGAUGCAAUGAUUCUCUGGAAGACAGAGUGGUAGAAAAUUUCCCAGUCAUUCGAGAAGAAUUAAGCCAUUUCCAAAAAUUGUGCAGUGACUUUGCAACUAACCUCCGACAGAGCUUGGCGAAGAAACUUCCCUCCAUCCGUGAUGGUAAAGCAGAUGAGAGCUCAGUAGAAGAACUCUUUGAAGGCCGAGACAAGUCGCCAUUCAGUCGUGAAAAACUGAGCAAGUGGCUGGAUGACAAAGAGAGAGAAAUCAACGUCAUCAGAUCCUGUGUAGAUACCAUGGAGGGAAUAAAGAUCGUCCCAAAUCAGUCAGAGCUGGACAGAGAGGUUCUUGCUCCAGGCGUAGAGAAUGCUCUGUGCUUUGUUUUCACCUCCAUGGAAAGAGGUGAUACCUACCUGGAUCUGAUGGCCACCUACUUAAAGUUACCUACAUCAGGAAGUACCAAUGAAGAGUCAUGGUACUUCUCAGAAGAGGUUUACAGCAACAUGAGAAAAAAAGCCAAAGCUUUCCGUGACUUUGCCAAAGCACAGAAGAACAACAACAGGUUGCGUAUUCUCAUAGCAACCAUAGCAAAUGAGAAAUACAAAGGGGCAACCAUCUAUCAUUACAAGGAGGGCAUCCUGGUCAGUGAAGACUUUACAAAGCUUGACUCCCCUCAUGUGGAGACCAUCACUGACAGAGAAGAUUUGAUCGGGUAUGCCACUGAUCUCACCCUGGACCCAAACACUGCAAACGGCUCCCUCACUCUGUCUGAGGGAGACAAGAAGGCAACAUAUGGAGAACAGCAGUCAUACCCUGCUCACCCAGAGAGGUUCGAUUCACAACCUCAGGUGUUGUGCAAAAAGAGCUUAACUGGCCGCCAUUACUGGGAGGUAGAGUGGAGCACUGACUCCCCAGAAUCUGUUUAUGUUGCUGUUGCAUACAAGGGAAUUGAAAGAAAAGCAGAAAGUUUAGAGUUUGGAAAAAAUACCAUGUCGUGGGCUGUUGGCCAGUUCCGCGCUUCACCUAAUCAAGGUGUGGUGGCACUUCAUAAUGGUUUGCAGUGGGAAACUGCUUUUCCCUCUGAUGGCUGCGACAAAGUCGGGGUGUAUCUGGACUGGCCUGCUGGCACUCUGUCCUUCUACAGAGUCUCAUCUAACACUCUGCGUCACCUCUACACCUUUCGCACCAAAUUCACUGAGCCUGUUUACCCAGGCUUCUGGGUUAGAGGUCUGUCCGCCUAUGCGUACCUGAGUCCAGUUCAGUAGAAGCCAUGACAAACACUUGUUAGAUUGCUGGUCUGUCAGUAGGGACACAGGUUCAUAUUCAAAGUUUAAGGGGCAACCUAACAUCCUAUUUUAGCCUAUACAUCCCUCAAA